UAUUUUCAGUGUUGGCAGUAAAUUUGGAACACGGCCAACAUACGUAACAAUAAGCAACUGAUUUAUUAUUAAAAAUAUUGUUUCUAAAUGGUACUCCUGAGUAUAUACUUAUAUACUACAAUUUUAUAAAUUGAUGAAGAAAUGGUUUCAUCGUGUUGUAUAUGUUCGAAGGAAAAUGUUCCUUCGGAACCACAUCGAUCAUUUCACAGGAUACCAGCGAACGAAGAAAUGAGGAAUAAAUGGUUACAGAUAAUUGGCCGUAAUCUCUCAUACAAAGGAGCCAGAGUUUGUAGUGAUCAUUUUACGGAAAAUGAUUAUCAUGACAUAAAUCCUUAUACAAAAAUCAAAAGAUUAAAGAAUACUGCAGUUCCUUCUAUGACCCUACAAAAAAAAAAAGAUACAAAGGGGACAUUAUCAUAUCAAAACAUUGAUGCAAAUUUAUAUAAUAAUUCUGGAAUCAUGUUUCAAGAUGAAAAUGAUAUUAUUCUUCACAAUUCAGAAAAUGAAAUUAGUGCAAGCAACUGUAAUAUUGAUAUCAAAGAAAGUGAAAAUACAAAUAAUGCAUUAGAGUUGACUCAAGACACAAGUGAAGAUUUAAUUAUUUUUUUAAAUUCCGAACAAGAAAUGAAUGCUACUUAUAUAAAUAAUCAAGAAAAAAUUGAUAUUUAUUUUGAAAAUGGUAUAAAUGAUUUGAAUAGAAAGAGAGAAUUUCCAUCACCUAAUUUAGGAAAUUAUAAAAUAAAUGAAAAAAUUUUAAAAUCUUCCAAACACACUACAGAAUGCUUCACAAAAACAGAUUUUUCAUCAGAAGAAAAGUGGACAGCGUUUCUAAAAUGUAUUACUUACAAUAAACGUGCAAAUAGACUUAUGCGACAAAGAAACAAAUGUUUGCAAAAGAAGAUUUUGGUAUUUCAAGAUAUGUUGCAAGAUUUGUUGAGAAAAGUUUAA